UCAAGCGAUCAAGACUAGUUGGCAUAUAUUGUUGGUGCUUGAUUCAGAUUGGUCUUUGCUAAGUUUUACUUAGCACUAGAAUCUGUGAAAGCAUAUAUCCCUAAUGAAGAUAUUAGGGUUACAUAAAACCACUUACUGAGUGACAUUUACCAAAUUCUGAACGUUGAAGUAACAGAGUGUUUGGACAUCUAGGCUAUGUAAGUUGUGUCCAAAGAAAGCAACUGUAUAAAGGUUGCAGCUGUAUAUGAACAGACCAGUGUUUGUGAUCACUGGGUCGUUUGCAUUCAUUGAAGACCCCUUGUCUUCCUCUAAUACAUGUAUGAUGCUCUGUGAUGUUGAAGAUUCCCAGACAGACCCAUUUUUCUGUAAGAGGUGACUAAAUCAUGUUUGGGACCGUUGUUAACAAUACUGAGCAGGUAGUUCGACGGAGGAAAAUGGCCUCUAAAUUAACUGAAGAGCAAUCUUCAGAAGACGAACUGUAUUCUGUUGAUCCAGGAGCUCCACUGUUAGAAGAAAACAAUGCUGAUGAAUUAAAAGAAGUUGAAGAUCGGCCAGAUGUGGAGGUAGUUCAGACCUCAGGGGAGGAGUCAAGCUGGAUGAUAGCUUUACAAGUGUUUGGGCCAUUCAUCAUUGCAGGUUUUGGUACAGUUGGGGCUGGAAUGGUCCUGGAUAUUGUACAGCAUUGGCAAGUAUUUAAAACAGUGCCAGAAGUGUUUAUUUUGGUACCUGCACUUCUUGGACUGAAGGGAAAUCUGGAGAUGACAUUAGCAUCUAGAUUGUCAACCCAGGCUAAUUUAGGAAAUAUGGACUCCAGAAAAGAACAGUUAAAAAUGAUAGGUGGAAAUCUUGCAUUGACUCAGGCUCAGGCUAUUGUGGUUGGGUUUCUUGCAUCUGUGGCUGCCAUGGUGAUGGGUUGGAUACCAGAGGGAAAGUUCAACAUUCAUCAUGGCUUUUUACUGUGUGCCAGCAGUAUGUUAACUGCCUCUUUAGCAAGUUUGAUUUUAGGCUCUAUCAUGAUUGGUGUUGUUAUGUUGUCUCGGCAUUGCAAGAUAAACCCUGACAAUGUGGCCACCCCGGUAGCUGCUAGUCUGGGAGACUUGACUACCCUCACCCUCCUGGCUCUCAUUGGGCGAAGCCUUUUCAUAGCUAUAGAAGGUCACUCCUGGGUGGCUCCCAGCAUCAUAGGUGGAUUUACCCUGCUAACUCCAUUAUGGGUAGUGAUCUCUGUAAAGAAUGAGUACACAAAUGAUGUCAUAUACUCAGGAUGGACUCCUGUCAUCAGUGCCAUGGUAAUCAGCAGUAUUGGAGGGCUAAUACUUGACUUUGCUGUGUCAGCCUAUGAUGGGAUUGCUGUGUUUCAACCAGUUAUUAAUGGUGUCGGGGGUAAUUUGGUUGCUGUUCAAGCCAGUCGUAUCUCCACAUCUUUACACAAGGGGGGCAAACCUGGAGAGCUCUCAGAUGGGGUUCUUAAAGGAUGCCCCAACCCAUGCUUUGCAUUCUUUGGCAGCACCGUCCAUGCAAGGGCUGCCCGAGUUCUAAUGUUGUUAGUUAUUCCCGGUCAUCUGAUAUUCAUGUAUACCAUCGCCUACAUGAAUGCUGGUCACACCGCUAUAACGCUCAACUUUGCUGUGAUUUACCUGACUGCUGCGGUGCUUCAGGUGGCCAUACUUUUGUAUGUGGCUAACUGGAUUGUGCACUACAUCUGGAAGAAAGGGGACGAUCCUGACAACUCUGCAAUACCCUACCUCACAGCCUUGGGGGAUCUGUUGGGCACAGGUUUCUUAGCCAUUGUGUUCCAGAUCCUCUGUAUGAUGGGUAACAAGGACAAGAUGACUGUCUGAGAAACGCAUAAACUAAGGAAAACAAAAAUUGUGGACGAGAUUUCACUCACAUUUUUUUGUUCACUCACAUGUGCUUUUUGACAAAGAAUUUACAAUCCUUCCUGCUGUGGUUUUUUUUUUGGUUUUUUUUUUCAAACACAUCAGGAAUGGGUUCAGAAAUCAUAAAGCCAUAAAUGUGCAUUGUUAAGCAAAAGUUCACUUCUGUUGUAUAGAUAUAUAAAUAUUUUAUGAGAGUUUUAUUUGUGACUUUUUGGGGUUAAAUUUUCAUACAAAUUACAACAGUUUCCUGUGAAUAGCCAGACUGCUGUCUCACAGAAUCUUCAUGCCAUGUCUUCAUGUGUUCACAUAUCUUUAAUUUCAUUUCCAUAUCAUUAAUGUUUGACCUGUUACAGGGGUCUGGUAUGUAACUCCCAAUGUUUGUUCCCUGCAAGGAGACAUGUAACCGAUUUUAAUAGGUGACUGAUGUGGAGUUCUUAGACAGCUCAUCGUAAUUGCUGAUGUACUUCUCAGAUUGUUUAAGGGAUUUAUUUAAAUUUCUAGAGGCAAAGUGCAGCUGUCCUAAGAUUUAUCAAUAUAAAUGCUAAUGUACAUAUCUGAACAAAUUAUUUUGUGUGCUAAAUACCAAAGUAUAAAUCAAUUAUCAAUAAAUUAAAUCUGGAACCAGAAUACCAUUUUUGAAAAUGUUAACUCAUUUACAUGUACAAAUAUCCUGAUGCAACUUAUAAAAAGAUGUCUAUAGACGAUAAGCUUUUAGCCUCGAAUAAUGCAAGAUGCAUGUGCCUCAUUGUCUUAUGCCAGGUAAAUCUAAGUCAAAUUUCAGGUGCUAAUAUAUCAGAAGUUUUGUAUUUAGUGCUCCCUCUUGUCAUUGAUGCAACAUAAGUUUUUUUAGAAUGUAUUUCCAAUAUAUGUAGAUCACAUUGAAAUAAAUAAGUGUGUGUAGUUAAUCAUUCAUUUUUUUAUUGUUUUGUUUUAACAUAUUGUAAUGAUAAAUUUUUUAGACAAUUUCCUUUAUCCAUACUUUAAUAUGUGAUGUUAAGGCUUGAACUUGGAAUUAUGUAUUAGUUUUAAUGGUGAACAUGACAUUGGUUUCUGGUGUUAUCAAACAAAUGAUUGUAUACAUGUACAUUAUACCAACAGAUGAUUUAAAUUUUCUCUCUGUGUUUGAGUUUGUAUCCAUUUGCAUUGUGUAUUUUUUAUUUUAUAUUCAUAACUUUAUGCGGUGUUGAAUAUAUUUAUGUUCAUCGCCAAUUUUGAAGGCACCAAUAAUGGUGUAAUUUCAGACAAUCUAGAGACCGUUAAAAAACACAAACCCUCCAGACCAUGAUUCCUGUAGGUGAUUUCACUAAUAAUGAUUGUAUUAAACACCACACAAAGGUACAAAUAUCAACUGAAAAAAUCAUAUAAUGGUUUGAUAAAAGCUUGCAACCAUCAGAAAUACAUGUGCAAAUUUGCAACCAUCAGAAAUACAUGUGCACAAGGGCCUACUUUUACUUUGAGGGGUAGUCCUAUUUUCAGUAAUAGAUUCCUUAAUAUAUAAGAUUUUAUAUGUUGAAUAUCUGAAAGAUAAUUUGAAUUUUUAACGUUUUCUAGAAGCCCAUUAUAUAAUGACUAGUGCAGCACUACGACCCAGGAACCUCUUGCCUAUGUAAUCACUGUGAAUUAGUCCAGCUCAUCCUGUCUUUCUCUCUGGUCCAAAAGAUAAAUAUGUCAGUCAUCAUAUGAUAUAGCUUCUAGGACAUUUAGACUUCCAUUUGUCCAGUUGGAAAGGCAAUGUGCUUAUUUUAGAAUACCAGUAAGUAUUGUAAAACAUGCAAAACCAUUUCUUCCGCUUAGGUACGUAAUUUAAAAAAGAUUACAUCUAAAACAUUAGAAUAUUUGUCGUUGAAUUUGGAAGAUGAAGUAUAUUUUCAUGUAUGGGUGAUGAUAUAUAUACUUAAGUACAACCAUUGACAUUAUUUUAAAGAUUUUUAUGUAUUGAACAUCUUGUUUUGUAAAACACCCAGAGGGUGGACUUGCGUGGUCGUUGUUUUGUGUGUUAUGGGCACCAGGGUGAAUCACUAAUUUCUUUGUAUUGAAUAUGCAGUUAUUAAUUUUCUGUUCAUUUUUUUCUCUGAGUUUUUCUCUUAUUAAUGAUUAUAAUGCCUAGAUGUGUUUUGGUACCAUUGUCAUUUGGGUUUUAUUUUCAGGGUUUUUGGAUUUGAAACGCCAGAAAGUUACGAAGUUUUCAGUGUAAAAUAGCUUCCGAACAUUUGUCACAAGCCUUCCUUUCUUUCUACUGUUGAACACGGAGUAAAAGCUGAAGGGGUUUAGUGAGAGUCGUUGAAGCAUGUGGGUAAUAAUAGGUAGUUUAUGCCACAAUUGUUAGAACAAAUUAAGAUAAAUGUCGAACGCGUCUAAAAUGGGAUACAGUAUCCUUGUAUAAGAUCUCUGUAUCGGCCUACUGCAGUCGGAUGUACGGUAUCUCUGCAAGGCAUUCCUUGUUCUGGGAAAAGUUUUAUGGGCGUAAUGCAUGUCUCUUAACGUUAGCGUCUAUUGUCUGAUAACAAGAACGCCACCAAUACGAUUUUGACUUCCGUACCGCAGUGUCCACAUAAUUCUCAGCGUGCAUGCGGAAAGUCCCAGUAGUCCGUCUCGGAAAACACGGAUCUUGUUUUUAGAGGAUUCCAUGACGAGACCAAAGUCUGUUCAAACUGCAUGAAGUAUGUAAAUAACUUCCUGGCUAACGCAGUUGAUGAGUGUCCAGUUGAGCGUCAUGCCAAGCUCUUUGGAGACAGGUCUUCCUGAAAAGACUAGAGCGCGUGGCGUCCGAAUUUGUAUAUGUAUGUAUUUGUAUGCGUCGGAUACCUAAAAUGACCCUAAAUUUCGUUCAGAUAAGUGCAUUUUUGAGGCAAAUAAAUUUGAUUUUUGGUGCUGAAGCUGUUCAAAGCAAAACCCUUUCUAAAACCAAUAAGACUAUAUAAGAAUCAGGUCUUUUUAUUUGGUAAUGUUUUGAAAUGACACUGGGGUAUUUGUUAAUUUAUGCACCGAAGGCAGUGGAAAUUCGCUCGAUGUUAGUGAUCCAUGUACGUGAGGACUGUAUAUAGUGGUGUUCUUCAUACGACAUCCUGAGAAACCAGUUAUUAUACAUAGCUGGGCUACACAUGAAUUUGGUGGCUUUUUGGAUUCUAAUUGCUUUUUUAAUCUUUACCUUCACAAGUUGGAUUAUUGGAUGUAACUGAACACUAAAUCUAGUAUUUAGGAAACUUCGAAUUUUACACAAACAAUUCUCAUGAUCGUGAAAUAAAUAUUUUGAAAAACUGUACAGUGGACAGAGAUUUGCAACUCCGGGUUGACUGAGCAGGAACAGCACUGGGCAAAAGGAAAUUUGAAAGACCGUGAAAAUAAUAGUAAUGUAAAUAAAAGAAUGUCAGGUUGAACUAUAUGUUACCACCGACAGAGAAUACCAUACUCGAUAAGCUCAAGAUAGUAUAAAAUUUGUCUAUGUUGCCAUUCUUGGAGAGUUUAUUCACCUUAAGUAAAGCUCUUUUCGCGAGAUGUGCGAUAUUUGGAACUGGGUCUUGCAUAAAC